AUGUCCACCAUCACACUACCCAGUGUGGGCCGCAUCCGAUGCUACUGGGCUCUCCUGGCCCCACAGUACGGCUCGGCGCCAGGCGGCGGGGGCCAACUCGAGCUCAAGUUUGUCUAUCUGGACCCCGUGCUGAGCAACCACCUGGGUCCGCAGAGCAUGAGUGUGCUCAACCACGGGCUCAUCGACCUGAUCCACCCCGACGAACGAGAACAGGCACGAAACGACCUCGCUAGCGCCAUCCAGUCCGACGACCUCCAAGGGAGUGUUACCCGCAUGCGCUUCUCACGGUUGUCGCGCAUCCGCCAAAUGUGCGGGGCACAACCUGGCGACAUUGUGCUGCCGCCGGACAUGGACACAGUGACUGAAGACUCGGACUACCUCAUCAUUGAUUUAGUGUUGAAUUGGGUUGCGGACGGUUUACUCCUCGCCUUUCUCCACGCAAUCAAGGACUUUGAUCCGCAGGCGAACAACGACCCUAGUCGCCAGCAAGAAGGCUGGUCCAACUUCUGCGGCUCCACUGGCAUGACGGAUGGGGACCUCCAAACACUGCAGCAGAGCAUCUCGAACAACGUCACACCACCACCACGAACCCGGUAUCCGCCAACGCGUGUGUUACAGAUCCAUGCGGUCCACCACAAUGCAGCGCAGCCUACGACUCUGGUGUUCACGUGGCCGCCAGCACGGCCAACAGACAAGUCAUCGCCACAGUUUGACGGGCUGUACGACGCGGACGAGUACGCCGAACUGAUGCGCGGUGUCGACAUGGAUCCGAAUGCAUUGGCGGCCAAACCAGGCGAGGUGCGCACCAACUGUACGACACGGUUCGGUGCCGAGCACUCGAUACGUACCGAGGGGUUGUACCGACACGUCACGUCAGUCUUCAUCCCGUACGGCAAGAUCGUCUUUUCCUGCUUCCAGACGACAAACCUGUACGAGUUGCCCAACAAUACUGCCGGUCCGACCGGUCCGACGCACGAGGGUUGGAACGCCCCACACACCGCCCCGCAGCAGGCGCCUCCUGCGCACCCACCACAACCAGCCGUCUCCAAUGGGCCACAACAAGAAUGGCGACCCGAGUAUGAGCGGGGAUACGCGGCGCCGGCGCCAACGUUUCCUGCUUCAGAGUAUCCUGCGCAUGGGACGUACCCGCCGCCAGCCCAGUAUGAUGCGGGGUACGGUCACUCGGCUGAGCCCGUGAACCAUGCGCCAGUAUCGCAGACGCGCGGGGGAAGUACGCGUCCGCUAGUCCGCCCGCCUGGCGACAUCGAGAAGUGCCGUGGGUGCGGGACGCGCGAGAGCCCCGAAUGGCGCAAGGGCGAGAAUGGAGUCAAGGAUCUGUGCAAUGCGUGCGGACUGAAACUAGCGCGCGCAGUUGCCAAGCGUGAGGGCAGACAGAAGCCGCGUAAGAAAGACAAGUAG